AUGCAUCACACCGGGAGCCUCGGGGUCACUGCCGGAAUAGUCGGCAGCAUCAUCGGCGUGGCGGCCAUAGUCUCGGCGCUCGUCAUAGUCGUCCGCAAGUGGGGAGACAGACUAGCCCGAAAGCGGGCUGCCACAAUGGUCGGUAUGGACGAGGUAGGCACUGUAUUGGUCCGGCAGUGGACGAACACAACGGCCGGCGUUGGCGAGCGGAUCCUCGAUACCGCUCGUAGGUCCCGCAUCGUCGUCGUCGACAAGUGGCGCGCUACCACACGCGCCUUGGCGCGCCUCCGACGCAGCCGUCGGAGCGGCAGCGCCCCUCCCGGUCCACCGACCGUCCACAGGCUCGUGAAUCUGAGCCCACUCCUCUACAACCCCGACGACCCGCGCACGUUCCCGCCGAUGCCUUCCCCAGAAGAGAUUGACCUGUAUCGUCGCCACGAGGCGCUGCAGCCGAUGAAGUGCGCCCGGUCGUUCACUUCGGUCGCUACGGGCAGCACUGCGGCGGACCAGUCCCCGUUCCCAGCCGUGGCGGGUUUCCCCUGGCGGCCCGAGGGCGCUCUGUAAAUUGUGGAUGGGUGGGUGUCAUGGACCUGGGGCUCCACGCGGUGGUGCAAUGAAUGAGUUGCUGUUGCGGUCCUCAGCGGGCUGACGUUGUCGGCUGACAUAUCUGGCGCAUUGUGUAUCCACAUCUGCACGUAUACCUAUACCCU